AUGGAGGGCUUGGGAGCAGCAGCAAGCGCCCUCGCGGUGAUAGAGAUCGCCGCAAAAGUCGGCGACCUCUGCCUACAGUACGUUCGCAAAGUCAAAAACGCCAAGCACGACAUCGAACGGUUUCGACAGCACAUAGAGGAUUUGAAAGCAAUCGUCGAAGGUGCGCAGCGGCUUUUGCAAGGUCCAGAUGGGUCUCGAUUUGAGACCGCGCAAAACCUGCGCAGCGCCCUUGCAAACGCCCGCUCGCAGCUCGAUCCCAUUCACGCGAGGCUAGAUGGGAAACUGAACAAUGGCCUAAAGCAUCGUGCUAUGAGACGUAUGGGUCUGCGCGCUUUGGUAUGGCCGUUCGAGAGCAACGAGGUCGAGGAAAUCAUCAGCGACCUCCGGCAAGAGCGGGACGCGAUAUCCGCCGCACUUCAAAUCGAUCAGAUCACCCUUGCCCUCGACAUUAACCGUAAAAUCGUCCUUUCGAAACUUCCUAUCGCGAAAAGCGCUGCAUUCGAUGCCCAGGCGAACGAACACGACCCUAGCUGCCACCCGGACACCCGCGUGGACCUUCUCGCCGACAUUCACAAAUGGAUCGAGGAUCCCAACGGAAAAUGCAUUUUUUGGCUGCGUGGCAUGGCCGGCACCGGCAAAUCGACCAUUUCUCGAACGGUAGCCAAAAAGCUUUCUGCGGAAAAGGUGCCCAGUGCGAGCUUCUUCUUCAAAAAAGGCGAGGGCGACCGCGGCAGCGCGGCCAUGUUCUUCACCACCAUACUCCGCCAGCUCGUCUACCCACACGGCACACAUCCUCUCCCUUUGAUAUGGCUCGGGCGCAGGCGUGAUGCUGAUGGUGCCAAGGCUGGAUAUAUCACGUGGUCCUGCAACAAAAGUUAUAAAGACUUUCAAGGCCUUACGGCCAGCCUUACGCUCGGUCUCGUAACGCUAAACUCAGGACUCCUGUGCCGAACGGUUCGUUCGCCUUUUCCGUGGCACGAAUCGCACUCGCGGUGGCCCUUCAUAUCGCAAAUGUGGCAAACGACGGCUUCCAUAAAGGUGUCGGAUCCCGUUCCACCGCAUCGGGGGCAGAUGGUCCUGCCUUUGCCACCGGUUGGCGUAUUAUUAUUUGUUGCUGUUUUGGUUGGUUGGCAUUUAGUAAGAUUUGUUGUGCUUCCUUUGUGUAAUGCAUUGGUUGAGUUGAUAACGCCUUCCGCGUGGGCAGACACGCUGUCAGCUUGA